AAGGCCCCAGAGUGCUCCAGCGGCAUGUACAAAGAGACUGUCUACUCCGCCUUCAAUCUGCUCAUGCACUACCCACCCGCCUCAGGAGCAGGGCAGCAUCCCCAGCCGCAGCCUCCACUGAACAAGGCCAAUCAGCCAACUCACAGUGUCCCCCAACUGUCUCCUCUCUACGAACAUUUCAGCAGCCCACACCCCACACCUGCACCUUCGGACAUCAACCAGAAACAAGGAGUUCACAGGCCUCUGCAGACCCCUGACCUCUCUGGCUUCUACUCUCUGACCUCAAGCAGCAUGGGACAGCUCCCUCAUACUGUGAGCUGGCCCAGCCCUCCUCUCUACCCCCUGUCCCCUUCCUGCGGAUAUAGACAGCACUUCCCUGCCCCCACUGCAGCCCCUGGCACCCCCUACCCCAGGUUUACCCACCCAUCCUUGAUGCUGGGCUCUGGUGUCCCUGGUCACCCAGCAGCCAUCCCCCACCCGGCCAUUGUGCCCACCUCAGGGAAGCAGGAGCUGCAGCCCUAUGACCGCAGCUUGAAGACACAAGCAGAAUCCAAGGCAGAGAAGGAGGCUAAGAAGCCAACCAUUAAGAAGCCCCUCAACGCGUUCAUGCUGUACAUGAAGGAGAUGAGAGCCAAGGUCAUUGCAGAGUGCACACUCAAGGAGAGCGCCGCCAUUAACCAGAUUCUAGGUCGCAGGUGGCAUGCACUGUCAAGGGAAGAACAGGCCAAGUAUUAUGAAUUGGCCCGUAAAGAGAGGCAGCUGCACAUGCAACUAUACCCAGGCUGGUCAGCGCGGGACAACUACGGGAAAAAGAAGAGGCGGUCAAGGGAAAAGCAUCAAGAAUCUACCACAGACAAUGGCUCGCCUAAGAAAUGUCGUGCUCGCUUUGGCCUCAACCAGCAGACGGAUUGGUGUGGUCCCUGCAGGAGGAAAAAGAAAUGCAUUCGGUCACAGAAGGGCAGGACUAAGCUCAGCUACAUUCUCUACAGAAAUGCCUCAUCUGUCCUCUGCCACACCCUUCCCACACCAGACACUUCCAUGGAUCAAGAAUAACCUGUUUGAUAUUAUCAAACAACAUCUGAGCAUGAUCACAACCACAAAGCUCAAGAUGACUAUGCUUCUCCAAAGGGAAUGGAGGAGCUGUUUACAGAAAACCAGCUGCUCUUCAUAAGCUGGACCAGAGGAAGCCUCUUAGUAUAUUCUCAGGAGCUUAGAAGAGGAGGAGGGAAUAGAAUAGGUUUAGGCCUAACAACUUAUCAGGCAAAUUCGGGUUCCUGAGCAACUUAAGAAACCCUGACACCAAAGCUCAGGCACCAGAUGAUGCAGGCAAACAGUUCAAAGAAGUCAUGGCCCAAAUCUAGUGUGUAUCCCUCUCUAUUCAGUCUUUUUCACAGUUCCAUUUCCAGCUCAUUCAUGUCACUUGAGCCAGCUCUUAGGCAAUUUGAGAGAGUAAACCCAAAACCUCCUCCAAUAGCCAGAGCUUGCCUUCUAGCAUUCAGACCAGGCCAGCGUGUUUUUUUCCCUUUGGGGCUGAAGGAAAGAGGACUGUUAAAACUAAAGGAACCCAGAAACCUCUAGUGGUGGACAUAAGUUUUCACCACAGCCUACUUUAAUCAAUUUUUGAGCCAAGCUUCAACCCUGAGCCUUGAGAAACAAGUCUUUUAUUUUAAUUUAACUUUUUUUUUUCCUUUUGCCUUCUCCUCAUUGUACAUAGCCUGAAUCCAAAGAAAAAGGGCUGUCUGUGUACUCGUAUACACCCUUACAAAAAGCCUUUAGUUACAUACUUUAGCCACUGGUUUCUCAGAAUCCAAAGAUCACCUAUUCUUGUGUAGUGUUGCAAAAAGUCUUGAGAAAAAAGGACCAAUGUAGUGUUCAAAAUAUUUUUGUAUUGUUAAUGCAUCAUCAAAGAAAACCUUUUUUUUUAAACAUGAGAAUAAAGAUACUUUUUACUGGGUUUA